AUGGCCGCGAAGUCGGAUGGAGCGGCGGCCGCGGCCGGCCCGGGGCCGGAGGGGGCGGCCGGAGGAGCCCGGAGUGGUGCGGGCGGGCGCGGGGAGGCGGCGGCAGUGGCGGCCGGGAGCCCUGUAGUGACCGGGGCGGGGGGCUCGGGACCGCGCUACGAGCUGCGGGACUGCUGCUGGGUGCUGUGCGCGCUGCUCGUGUUCUUCUCCGACGGCGCCACGGACCUGUGGCUGGCGGCCUCCUACUACCUGCAGGGUCAGCGCACCUACUUCGGCCUCACGUUGUUAUUCGUGCUCCUGCCCUCGCUGGUUGUGCAGCUGCUCAGCUUCCGCUGGUUCGUCUACGAUUACUCGGAACCCGCGGGCGCCCCGGGACCCGCCGUCAGCACCAAGGACAGCGGGGCCGGAGGGCCCUCCAUCAGCACCAAGGACAGCGCCGCCGCCUUCCGGACCAAAGAAGGCAGCCCCCAGCUGGGUCCUGGGCCCGCGCCCUCCUCGGCCAGCGCCUACCGCCGCCGCUGCUGCCGCCUCUGCGUCUGGCUGCUGCAGACCCUCGUCCACCUCCUGCAGCUCGGCCAGGUCUGGAGGUACCUGCGCGCUAUGUACCUGGGGCUGCAGAGCCGCUGGCGCGGGGAGCGGCUGCGGCGCCACUUCUACUGGCGGAUGCUGUUCGAGAGCGCAGACGUGAGCAUGCUACGCCUGCUGGAGACCUUCCUGCGCAGCGCGCCGCAGCUCGUGCUGCAGCUCAGCCUCCUGGUGCACCGCGGCGGCGAGCCGGACCUGCUGCCCGCCCUGUCCACCUCUGCCUCACUCGUGUCCCUGGCCUGGACGCUGGCCUCCUACCAGAAGGUGCUGCGGGACUCACGGGAUGACAAGCGGCCGCUCUCCUACAAGGGCGCUGUGGCCCAGGUGCUGUGGCACCUGUUCACCAUUGCAGCCCGCAGCCUGGCCUUCGCACUCUUCGCCAGCGUCUACAAGCUCUACUUCGGCAUCUUCAUCGUGGCCCACUGGUGCGUCAUGACCUUCUGGGUCAUCCAGGGCGAGACGGACUUCUGCAUGUCCAAGUGGGAAGAGAUCAUCUACAACAUGGUGGUGGGCAUCAUCUACAUCUUCUGCUGGUUCAAUGUCAAGGAGGGCCGCAGCCGCCGCCGCAUGACCCUCUACUAUUGCAUUGUGCUGCUGGAGAAUGCUGCACUCACGGGCUUCUGGUACUCCAGCCGCAACUUCUCCACUGACUUCCACUCGCUCAUCCUAGUCUGUGUGGUGGCCUCCAGCUUCGCACUGGGCAUCUUCUUCAUGUGUGUGUACUACUGCCUCCUGCACCCCAAUGGGCCCAUGCUGGGUCCCCAGAUGCCUGGCUGCAUCUGCCCGGAGACCCCAGGACCCUGUGGCCCCCCAGUUGAUGCUGUCACAAGUCCCCCAAGGUCCCUGCCGAGGACUACAGGUGCCGAGAGGGAUGGGGUCUCCGUGGGGGGCGAGCGUGCGGGGACCCCCACGCCACCUGUCUUCCAGGUGCGGCCUGGCUUGCCUCCCACCCCAGUCGCUCGUCCUUUGCGGACAGAAGGGCCUGUCAUUCGGAUUGACCUGCCCCGGAAGAAGUACCCUGCCUGGGAUGCUCAUUUUAUUGACCGACGGCUCCGGAAGACCAUUCUGGCACUGGAGUACUCCUCUCCUGCCACGCCUCGGUUACAGUACCGGAGCGUGGGGACCUCCCAGGAGCUGCUGGAGUAUGAGACCACGGUGUAGGCCACAGUGUCCCCCACCAAGAGGGACAGGCUUGGCUGACCCCACAUCAACCACAGUGUUGAGCCCGGAAUGUCAGGGCCACCCAGCUAAAGGGGUGCAGAUCCAUUGGUCCAAGGGUAGAGUGGCCCACCCCUGGGUACUUUCAGGGGAGGGGACAGCCUUGUGGAGGCCUCAGCCCUAGGCCCUGUUUUCAGCCCUGUGGCCCAUUUCCUAAACUCCCCUGAACUAGGGCCCAGGGCACCAACUGGUGCUACCGUCCUCAUUAGCUGCCCCACUUUCAUGAAGGCCUCCACACCACAUCUGGUGCCAGGG